UGGUAGAAAAAAGGAAAACAGGCAGGCCGCCGCAUGUGAAUCGCAGUAGCUAGCAUCCUUGCGCAGUUGAAGUACGGGUGGCUGGUGGUCUCCCAGUGGUCCGAGAAAUAUAUUAAAAUACAGUAACAAUUCAUCCAAACCCAUUAAAUUUUUUAAGGACUGAAAAUGCCCAAGAAAGCCAAGGAAGUGGAACAGUGGGAAGGAGAUGAAGCUGCAACGACAGAGAAACCAGAGAAACCAGUCAAGAAAGGAAAGAAGGACAAGAAAGGGAAGAAGAGCUUUUUUGAGGAGCUGGCAUCAGAUGCUAAACCUGAGAAAGAGGAGGAACCUGUCAAAGCAACUCACACGAAACAACCUCAGAAGAAAAAGAAGGACAGACGAAAAGGUAAAGGAGGAGAUGAAGAUGAGUCUGAUGAAGAUGUUAUGGAGAAGCUGAAGAAGCUGUCAGUUCAAGCCAGUGAUGAUGAUGAUGAAGAGGAAGUUGUUGUUCCCAGCAAAGGUGGAAAGAAAAAUAAGGGGGGCAACAUUUUUGCUGCUCUAAGUCAAGGGCAGAGUGAUGAUGAAGAGGAUGCAGAUGAUGAUGACGAAGAUGAAAAAACAUCUAAAGCAUCUAUGGAAGUGCCAAAGGGCAAGAAAAAAGAUAAGCCUAAGCCUAAGCCCAAGAAAACCAAGGAUGUGUCAGAGGAUGAACAGGAUGAGGAAAGUGAGAAGAAAGAUGAGGAGAAGAAGGGCAUGAAAAAGAACAAGAAGGCAGCAGCCAAUCCAUCUAAGUCUCCAGAAGCUGACGAGGAGGUCGAAGAGGAACAGUCUCAAAAGAAAGGCAAGAAAGAGCAGCCCAAGUCUCCAGAGGCUGACGAGAAGGUCGAAGAGGAACAGUCCCGAAAGAAAGGCAAGAAAGAGCAGCCCAAGAAAAGUAAGCCGCCGACUCCGCCCCGGAAUGAGGAGGAGGAAGAGGAGGAGCAGGAUGAAGACAAGAGUGAUGGGGAUGACACGAUGAUGUGUGCAGAAGAUGCCCUGAAAGAACAACUGACUAAAGAAAAGGACGACGACCCCUAUGCUAACCUGAGCAAAAAGGAGAAGAAGAAGAAAAAGAAAAUGAUGGAGUAUGAGAGGCAGGUGGCCAGUAUACGCGCUCAGAACGCUUCUGAGGGAGACUUCUCAGUCUCUGUGGCAGAGCUGUCCUCCAGGCAAGCCAUGCUAGAGAACGCCUCUGACAUUAAGCUGGAGAGGUUCAGCAUAUCAGCUCAUGGAAAGGAGCUUUUUGUUAACGCUGACCUUCUGGUCGUUGCCGGAAGGCGAUAUGGUUUAGUUGGACCAAAUGGAAAAGGAAAGACCACACUUCUGAAGCACAUUGCCAAUCGAGCCCUCAGCAUCCCUCCUAAUAUUGAUGUACUUCUCUGUGAACAAGAGGUGCAUGCUGAUGACACUCCGGCUGUUCAGGCGGUGCUGAAGGCAGACACACGCCGACUCAAGCUUCUGGAGGAAGAGAGACAGCUACAGGUUCUGUUGGAGAAAGGAGACGAUAGCGUCGCCGAAAGACUGGAGAAGGUUUAUGAUGAGCUGAGAGCAAUCGGAGCUGCCGCAGCUGAGGCCAAAGCUCGCAGGAUCUUGGCUGGUCUGGGCUUCACCGCCGAGAUGCAGAACAGAGCCACCAAGAAGUUUUCUGGAGGCUGGAGGAUGAGAGUGUCCCUGGCCAGAGCUCUCUUCAUGGAGCCGACGCUGCUGAUGCUGGACGAGCCGACCAACCACCUGGAUCUGAAUGCUGUCAUCUGGCUUAAUAAUUAUCUCCAAGGCUGGAAGAAGACCCUUCUUAUUGUUUCCCACGACCAAAGUUUCCUGGAUGAAGUCUGUACGGAUAUCGUUCACUUAGACAACCAGAAGCUCUAUUACUACAGAGGAAACUACUUGACCUUCAAGAAGAUGUACGUCCAGAAGCAGAAGGAGCUCCUGAAACAGUACGAGAAACAGGAGAAGAAACUCAAAGACCUAAAAGCUGGAGGGAAGUCCACUAAACAGGCUGAGAAGCAGACUAAAGAGGCCCUGACACGGAAGCAGCAGAAGGGGAAGAAGAAGGGCAUUGAGGAGGAGAGCCAUGAGGCCCAGGAUCUGCUGAGGAGACCCAAGGAGUACACGGUCAAGUUCACCUUCCCCAACCCGCCACCUCUCUCGCCACCCAUCCUUGGGCUGCACGGUGUUGACUUCACCUAUGAGAGCCACAAGCCUCUGUUUAAGAAUGUGGAAUUUGGUAUCGAUAUGGAGUCCAGGAUUUGCAUAGUCGGACCCAAUGGAGUUGGAAAGAGUACAUUGCUCCUUCUCUUGACUGGAAAAUUAACUCCAACAAAAGGAGAGAUGAGAAAGAACCACCGGUUGAAAGUGGGCUUCUUUAACCAGCAGUAUGCUGAUCAGCUGAACAUGGAAGAGUUAGCCCAUGAGUACCUCCAGAGGAACUUCAAUUUGCCUUACCAGGACAGCAGGAAAUGCCUGGGCCGCUUUGGUCUGGAGAGCCAUGCUCACACCAUCCAGAUCUCCAAACUGUCUGGAGGUCAAAAAGCAAGAGUGGUGUUUGCAGAGCUGGCAUGCAGACAACCUGAUGUCCUGAUUCUGGAUGAGCCCACAAAUAACUUGGAUAUUGAAUCAAUUGAUGCCUUAUCUGAUGCCAUCAAUGAAUACAAAGGAGCUGUGAUCAUCGUGAGCCACGACGCCCGUCUGAUCACGGAGACCCAGUGCACACUGUGGGUGGUGGAGGACCGGUCAGUCAAUCAGAUCGAUGGUGACUUUGACGAAUACAAACGCGAGGUGCUGGAGUCUCUUGGGGAGACACUAGUACACAAAGACUUAAACCCAUAAACUCUGGCCAUACAAUAACUGACUCAGUGCUGGUGUACUGCAUUAGGCUGCUUUGCGAUUGAAAUGUCUGAGGUUCUUUUCAAGUGUAUUCUGGCUUAAGUCACAGUGGGAGUUGAGUGAUCAGAUUUCAUCUUGAGGGAACCAAAAAGGCCAGAAAAAAAAAUAAGUGCCAUUUAACCAAAAAAGGGCAGAACAGAUACUUUUGUGACUAAAUAUCUAGUUAAAUUAAUCACGCUGUUAAGGGAGAGAGGAGUGUGUAAUAAACCAUAGCACACUCCUAGUUGACCUCCAUGAGGAGGUGUCUGAAUUCAUCAGUGUUCAGUGGAGAAACUGAGAUUGAAUGGGGUGUUAUGCUAAAGAUAUUGGCCACAUCAUGUGUGGGUAUUUAAAAUCUGUCUUUAAAAAGAUGAAUCACAAGUAUUUACAUACACAAACAGGGCAUAUACCUUGGAUAUGGACAUUAACGCAUAGCUCUAAUAAACAACCACAUUAUGUGAUGUGGGGUGCAUUGCAGAACACUCAAUAUUGUCAAAGCAAAUAAAAUGGAUUUUACAUCA